UGUAAAUGUUAUUAUCAUUUCCGAAAAAUAAAAUUAUAAAUAUGCUGGACAUUCAUACCCAAUAUUAUGUUCGGUAAAGUGUAUUGACGCAGUUGCCAUGCAGAUUUUAGAUUUGAUACAUGCCGCAAUAAAGUAGUAAAAUUAUAUUUAUUGCAGUGAAAAUGUUAAUAAAGUAAUAAAUAAUGGAAAGUGACCCUAAUAAAAAAGAAUCAAAGGGGAAGAGAAUUUUGAAAAAAGCUAUUCGACGAAAUAGUAAAUCUAGUAACAACAGUCAAAAUUCCGCCCUGAGCCAGGGUAGCGGCGCGACUCGGUCGAAAAGUUUCGAAAAUAAACGCCUGGCCCUCGAGAUAAAUGACAGCACGCCGCUGCCAACGCCGGACGGAACUGAAAGAGCCGAGCACAGUCACAAUAGUCCCAGGCUAAACUUAGACGAGCCGCAGCAAGUUCACAAGGAUGAUCAAGGCGGAAUGAGAUCGAAAAAGACUGUAGAUAUCAACGAAGGUCACAACACGGUGUACGAGGAAACACCUGCGGCUAAUUCCACUAAUGCAAAGAACAUAUCGAAUCUUUCCGUAGUAGAUGCUAGUAAACGAAACCUUAAACGGGUUGGUUGAAUAUUCCGCGGUACCCAUUCGAUAGUUGGGUCGAUGUUAAUGUAUGCAAUGAACGAAAGAGCGAUCACUUACGUCGCACUUCAAUUGUUUUCAGAAAUUGGAAGAAGACAGCGGGGCCGGCACGAGCGGCGCCAGCACCGGCGCCUCGGACACCGACGCCGACGACAAGGAUCCCAGCAA